AUGUGUUCCGUCCCUAUCAAAAUUCUAAUAGCUGGCAUAAUAAAAAACUGCUCAUUUGAAGAUGAGCUUCAUAGUGAACUUUUCAACAGGGGCGUUGGUUUGCUCGAUGCACUUUUAGUUCCACUUUGCGGUCCAGAAGAUUGUAUCGACAAAGAAGACCGUGCUAUAUUGCCUAAAUCUGUUCAGACUAUAACUGGGAGCUCCCAAUUUUCUCGUUUGUUUUCCACUGAGUUGUAUCUUACUAUUUGCCAAACAUUUUUGCAGUUCUGCUCCACCAGUCACGGACGAACAUUUCUUCGGUCCAAUGGAGUUUAUUUUAUUUUGCGUGAGUUACACAAUUAUAUAGCAAAAGCCGAAGAACAAACACAAUGUCCUAAAACUGAUGAAGCAGUUACAAACAAGGAAUUAUUAUUUUGCAUCGAACAAGUAGUAGAUCAACUCAUUUGUGAGGAAAGUGAACGUGAUGAGCGUUGUGCAAAAUCCAGUCUUAGAGAAAUAAAUAUUGACGCAGAAACUAAAGAGAAACUUGAUAGAGUGAAAAAAGACUAUUUGGAAUGCAAGUAAUGUCUGAUACCUUUAGUGUAUUUCAUUUUGGCUUUGUAAAUGCUCAGUAUUCCAGUUGCUGUUUCUACUCUUUUAUUUUUCUAUACCCCAUUCAAUUCUAAUUAACACUUACGACGAUGAAUUUCAGUUGUUUAGCGUUAAACCUGUGUAACAACCUUCGUUGAUAGCAAU